CCUCGGCGCCGGCGGGCUGGACCUUGACGCUGAGGCGGCGCGCGCAGCUGUCGGGACGUGACCGCGCUCCACCGCGCGAGGCUCACCACUGGGACCCACCUGGGUCCAGGCUGUGCACCCUGUCUCUCUGCGGCGGAGGACUUGCCUGCGUCGACGCGUGGGCGGGUGGCGGAGGCGGGGCUGGGGUCCUAACACCAGCGAUUGGCUGAUUCCGCUUUCCCGUCCCCUUCCACUCUGCAGAGUUCUGGUGUGGAGUGACCGCGGAGUAGGAACCGGCUCUCUGCGCGGAUGCGCUUCGCUUUUUCAGGGAGGUGCUAACCUCGCCCACGGGAGUUUCAGCUCUCCACCUGCCGAAGUUUCCAGAAAUAGUUUGGUUUUUUUUUUUUUCAGUCGGUGGGAGAUGUUCGCGUUUAUGUUUGACUCCGCAUGAGUUUUUUGCUGACAACUUAAAUGACUGAUUUUUCUUUUUUGAAAAACAUCGUAUUUUCUCCCUCGGGGGCUCGCUCAUAUCCUUACUUUCCAUGACAGAUCUUGACGACAAUAUAUGCAAAAAGUAUAUAAAGAUGAUCACUAAUAUAGUUAUAUUGAGCCUGAUCAUUUGCAUUUCUUUAGCUUUCUGGAUUAUGUCUAUGACUGCAAGCACCUAUUAUGGUACUUUACAGCCUGUUUCUCCUUGGCGUUGGCUGUUUUCUGUUGUCGUUCCUGUUUUGAUUGUCUCUAAUGGCUUUAAAAAGAAAAGUCUAGAUCACAGUGGGGCCUUAGGAGGACUUGUGGUUGGAUUUAUCCUAACCAUUGCAAAUUUCAGCUUUUUUACCUCUCUGCUGAUGUUUUUCCUUUCUUCUUCAAAACUCACUAAAUGGAAGGGAGAAAUAAAGAAGCGUCUUGAUUCAGAAUACAAAGAAGGCGGGCAGAGGAAUUGGAUUCAGGUGUUCUGUAAUGGAGCUGUGCCUACAGAGCUGGCCCUGUUGUAUAUGAUAGAAAAUGGGCCAGGGGAAAUCCCAAUAGAUUUUUCCAAGCAGUACACUGCUUCCUGGAUGUGUUUGUCUCUCUUGGCUGCACUGGCCUGCUGUGCUGGAGACACGUGGGCUUCGGAAGUUGGCACCGUUCUGAGUAAAAGCCCGCCAAGGCUGAUAACAACCUGGGAAAAAGUUCCAGUUGGGACCAAUGGAGGUGUCACAAUGGUGGGCCUUGCCUCCAGUCUACUUGGUGGUACCUUUGUGGGCAUCGCGUACUUCCUCACACAGUUGGUUUUUGUUAAUGACUUGGACAUUUCUGCUCCCCAGUGGCCAAUUAUUGCAUUUGGGGGUCUGGCUGGAUUACUAGGAUCAGUUGUAGACUCAUAUUUAGGAGCUACAAUGCAGUUUACUGGUUUAGAUGAAGGCACUGGCAUGGUGGUCAACAGCCCGGCGAAUGAGGUGAAGCACAUAGCAGGGAAGCCGAUUCUUGAUAACAAUGCAGUGAAUCUGUUUUCUUCUGUCCUUAUUGCCCUUUUGCUCCCAACUGCUGCUUGCCAGUUUUGGCCCAGCGAGUGAACUUUAUUUCAUUUACAAAGGCUGAAACUUUGGUAAAUUCAGCUAAGUUUGCAAUUCUGAGUUUCAUCGUAAAAGAGUAAUUGCAAUGGCAGAGAGGAAAUACCAACUCUUCCCAUAUUCCACUGUCAUGAAAUUUCAAGUUUUUCUUUAACUCCCUUGUAACUGCUAACAUCUUCAUAGUGAAAAAUAAGUGUACAAAGAACUUAUUCAUAUUUUUCUUCUGCUGAAUAGAGCUUCUUGAGCAAUGAAGCUAUAAUAUCUACAUAUAUUGUUAUAUACUGAAUUGAAAAUUCCUACAUAGUAAAUAUAGAUUUUGCUUUCCUUAAACCAGUGUAGGGAUUAAAAGUGUAAUGCCAGUUACCCAAAUUUUAGUUCUGGGUGGUUUAAACUGAUGUGUGUGUGUGUGUGGAAUCCUGAAUAAGUAUAGUCCUGGACUUCCAUUACUUGCCGUAUACAGUUGUGAAAAGUGUGGAGCUUGGUUCUUAGUGAGCUCGAAGGCCUACUUCACAUUUGUUCUCCCUUUCUCAGGGUCAGUAAUGGAAAGAAAGUAAAUGUCUUUUUCAUAUGACCAUUAGAAUGUGUGAAAAAGGUAUUUUUAAGUAAAAGCAAAAGAGAUUUAUAUCUUAAAUAUGUGCACCUUCUAUUUCAGUUGAUCUUUGAGCAGAAAUUAUCUUGUAUUUAAUAUUUUUUAAUGUAUUUUCUAGCUUUCUUUGAAAUGUGUAUAGGAAUUUGUUUUACUUUGGCAUCCUGAAUAAUUAGAGUCACUGGAAAGCUACUGUAAUUAUUUUUUUAUUUGCUACCUAGAAGUCACUGGAAGAUGCUAUGAUUUCCUAUUCUGUACUUAAGUUAUGCUCUUCUGUACAAUAUAGACUCAACUGAAAUGAA